AUGGGAAAUAACAAGACAAGGGAAAAUGCACAAAUAUCGAAAAUAACUUCCAAUUCUACUUCUUCUUCUGGUGGAGUUGGACGUUUCGGUAGUCAAUCGGCAGCAGCAUCAUCAUCUGCAUCGAAUGGAUUUUUGCGAAAUGAAAGUGCUUCAUCUUCGUUUAUAGUUUCGAAUAGAGAAUUGAAUAGUGUAAUAGUCGGUUCGAAAAUGGAUUCAGAAAUUUAUUUGUACGGUUAUACGAGUACUUUAUAUUAUGAUGGUAUCAAUCCUGGGUGUGGUGUGACAAAGAUCAUUGAUAAUAUCAAUUCGGAUGAUGUUAUUCGUUCUAGGGAUUUGUGUGUUCAAUCAGAAAAUAAUGGAUUGAGUGCUGUUAAAUUAAUUCUAAAGCAUACUUUGGUUUAUAAGGUCAUUUCUGGAAGAUUACAUUCACAUAUUAUUACAGCUGAUGGCAGAAUACUGAGUUUUGGGUCGAAUAAUCAUGGUCAAUUAGGUUGUGGAGUUGUUGGAAGUUUGAAAGCAUCAUAUGGUAUAGUGAGGGCAACUGGAGAAAUUACCAAUCAUUUCAUUAUUGAUGGAGCAGCAGGUGGUUAUCAUUCUCUAUUUAUCACAUCUGAAAAUAAGGUGUUUUCUGUUGGAGGAAACUCUAGUAGACAAUUGGGUGUAAUAACAACUGAUUCGACAGCAACUGCCACUGCUAUUGAAAUUCCAGAGCAAUCAUUUGAUGGAAGAAAGGUUGUGGCAUGUUCAGCUGGUGAUUCUCACAGUUGUUUCUUAACUAGUUGUGGAAAUAUCUAUUUUGCUGGAUCUAAUUCUAAUGGUGCAUGUGCAGGGAAUUCUGGAAAUAAUAGACCAAUAUUAUUGGUGAAUGAAAUUCUUGCAAAUGAAUUUCCAAUUCAAAUAUCAUGUGGCUAUGACAAUACAAUGAUUUUGUGUCAGAGUGGAAAUAUAUAUGGUGUUGGAUGUAAUAGUUGUGGACAAUUGGCAACUGAUGAUGGUGAUCAUACCAACUUUGGAGAUAUUCGAAAGAUUUAUAACGGAGUUAAAGGAAUUGUGUGGAUUGGAUCUGGAUACUUUUGCUCUGCUGUUUGUGCAGAGGAUGAAUGUUAUUUUGCUCCCUCACAAACUACCUAUUCUAAACUGAGUAAGAUUAAUCCAAAUGCUAUUGCAGUCGGUGUUGGUGAUUCUAUCAUUUUUGCAACUAAUGAGAUUAAUCAAAAUGGAAAAUUUGGUAAAUUGUACGUCAUGAGUUCAGGUAAGGCCACAGAUAUUACAGGAGAUUUCUCAAUUGAUUCAGUCUCAUCAAAAAUUGAGUUUAGUGGUCAAAGAGAUGUCUAUAUUGCAUAUGUCUCAAAAUUUGAUCCUGCCUUUAUGAUUUCUCAUCAUUUCCUUCAUUUGGAGAAGAUUUUGGAUUUUGUCAAGGGAAAUUCCUCACAAUAUUCUGGCUCAACUGUAUUUUCUGAUAUUCAAAUUCAAUAGAUUCAUUUAAGAAUGUUGAAAUACAAAUAUUAUCUAUUAAUUCGCUUUGAUGGCUAUUUCUUAAUUUUCUUGGAUUUAAUUUUUGAAAUAGUUUCUGUAAAAUAUCCGCCAAUAGCAAUUUGAUAUGGUUCUGCAAGCUUUGAGGUUGUAAAACUGGAAAAUGAUUCGAAGGAUAUCAAAUUCUGUUCAAAUAAAUUACUAAUGACCAGUUCAAAGAAAGAUGGUCCAAACUU